AUGUUAUUUCAGACGUUGGCUCUGUUCCUGCUGUCUUUACUCCCAUCAAUUGUUGUGGUUCAGGCACAGAGUUGUAGUGCUUCCAAUCCAUGCAAGACUGGAUGCUGCAGCAAGUUCGGAUUUUGUGGACUUGGCCCAGACUAUUGUGCUUCAAAAAUCUGCGUUGCAAACUGUGACAGGAAAGCGGAGUGCGAUCCUGGCGGUUACGGAGCCGCCUAUGUCAACCAUACAACAUGCCCUCUCAACCCUUCAUGUUCUACUACGUUUCACAAGUUCGAGCGCGUUGUGGGCUACUAUGAGGGCUGGGCAAUGCAACGCAAGUGCAAUGUUUUCAAUCCAGAGAAGAUCCCUCUGGGUGUUUACACGCAUCUUAACUAUGCCUUUGCCACAAUAGAUCCCAAGACAUUUGAAGUGCUGCCGGCCACGAUAGAGGAUCAACAAGAUACUUACGAUCGAGUCACAUGGCUAAAGAAGAGAGAUCCUGAUCUGAAAGUAUUUAUUGCUAUCGGAGGGUGGACUUUCAACAAUGAGGGUCAACCAACCAGAAACACAUUCUCAAACAUCGCCAAUAACCCGCAGAAUCAAAAGGCAUUCAUCAAAUCUCUGAUUAGCUUCAUGUCUACGUAUGACUUUGAUGGCGUUGACUUGGACUGGGAAUAUCCAGAGGCCCCGGACCGGUACCUCCAGCACUUUGAUAUUAAAAAGAUGGCAAAAAUUGUCGACUUUUUCAACGUGAUGUCCUACGACCUACACGGUGUUUGGGAUAUCCCAAACAAAUGGGUAGGGCCUUACCUGAAUGCCCACACCAACUUGACUGAGAUCAAAGACGCACUUGAUCUUUUGUGGCGGAAUAAUAUCCCCUAUGAUAAAGUGAACAUGGGUCUGGCGUUUUAUGGCCGUGGAUUCACAGCAGCUGACCCCAAAUGCCUAACUCCUGGUUGUCGGUACGCAUCCGGCUCAGAAUCGUGGAUGUGCAGCCACGAAGUUGGAAUCGUCUUCAACUCCGAGAUAUCUGACAUCAUGCAAUCGCAAAAUGUCGCACCUGUUCUAUAUAAAGAUGCAGCCGUGAAAGUUCUCACGUAUAAUACUGACCAGUGGGUGGCGUUUGAUGAUGAGGAAACACUAGGUCUGAAGUUGAAUUUCGCAAAAUCUAAAUGCUUGGGAGGUGUCAUGGUCUGGGCCGUAUCCCACGAUACCGAGAAUGCGACUUAUUCAACCGCGUUGGGAAAACUUGCUCAAAGAUCCACGACCUCACUAAUCAACAUUGGAAUCGACAACGGAGUGCAUCAGUAUGAGCGUGUUCAGAACCAUCCACAGUGCAAAUGGUCUAAUUGUGGCGAAGGUUGUCCUUCUGGGUGGUCCCCAAUUCAACGGAGCGAUCCCGAUGCGCGCAAUGGCGAGAUCAUGAUCGACGACCAGGGUUGUGAAGGCCAAGGUUCUCAUUAUCUGGUGUGGAAUGACAACAUAUUCGCGUUAUCCUUGGCCAGUGGAUUGCUAUGCCAGACGCAGGUGCAAGGUGGCUACUGUAAGGCUUUAGCUGACGACCCUGAUGCUGGAUUUCUUGAAAAGCGAAUUGCGACCAGGAGAUUUGUUUGGUCAACAAGUGUGGGAGCAACCACAUACGGAAGAAACCUUGUUUCUCAACCUUACCGUCAAGUAAACGAUUGGUCCAUCCUUAAUGAAAGAACCAUCGAGAUCUAUGGACAAGUCUUCCUUUUCCCCGGCCCAGGCUGCACAAACUUCGUCCUCCGUGUAGAGAAUAAGGUAGCCCAAAGGAGAAAGGAUCCCUUGACCAAUACAGUUACCGAGCAUCUCGUUGAACUGCAAACGGUACCUAUGUGGUACACAGCUGCAAUCCAAGGCGUUUUAGCUACUGCGCCGGGUGUCACGGCGCUCCCGAACCCAGCCGGCCCUAUAGAUCCCUCAUUUUUCACGGUUACCUUGCCCCUCCCAAAUGCACCUUUUAACUUCAAUCCUCCUCUCCCACCUCCGACUGGUGGUCAGCUGUUGUCUACAUUGGAGGCCCGAUUAUUCAAUGCUCUGGGUAGCGUAGCAAAUGAUUUCAGCUUCGUUCUCGCAGAUGCUGACUUGAACUGUCUUAAGGAACUUCUUUGGGAUGACGACACGAGAAACGUUAUUGAUCAACGGGUGAUGAGAGAUUUGACCAGCUCAACAGAUCCUGAAACUGCAGCUAUCGGACUGAACAGUGUUCGUAAUGUUGUGGCAGUCAUGAGCUUUCUCAACCAUCCAACAGUACACGGUAAUAUGGCAACAAUCAUAAUGGACUUCCGAACAGAGUUGAAAAGAGCUGAAGACGUUCAUGAAGGGAGAACAGGGAGAACCGUUGCAGCAGUGGAUAGUUUCGACAACUAUUUCAAGAGCCUGAUGACAAGAAUCAAUACGCGAAUUGGGACUUUUGCAACGCGGUGGUUAAAUACAAUUGACGCCACAUGGAGUAAUGUUAACACUCCAGAUGGAAUUCAAAUCAGGACUUACAGUGCCUCCAUACGCACCGAGGCUCAAAAUGCAGAGGUCAAUACCGAGGGAUUCUUUGAUGAUAUAUGA